AUGGCAGCGGCCAAUCUUAGGUUACCCCCCUUGCCCACAGUGAGGGACUUAAUUAAGUUGUAUAAGUUAAGGGCGUUACGUCAGCUAUCGCAAAACUUUCUUUUGGACGAAAGAAUCACCGACAAAAUCGUUAAAGCGGCUGGAAAUAUUCGGAAUCAUUAUGUUUGUGAAGUGGGCCCUGGGCCCGGCAGUAUAACCCGGUCCAUCAUCAGGAAGUGCCCCAAGAAGCUCAUCGUGGUGGAAAAGGACCCCCGAUUUGUGCCCAUCUUGGAGUUGCUUCAAGAAGCGAGUCAGAGUCACGUCAAAAUGGGGAUUAAAAUUCAGGAUAUCCGGGAUUUUAAUUUCGAGGAGGGUUUUGCGGGCGCUCCUGCACGCGAGUGGACGGACUACCCGCCCCCCAUUCACCUCAUUGGCAAUCUGCCCUUCAGCGUUUCAACGAAUUUGAUUAUCCGGUGGUUACAUGCGAUUUCGGAGCAAAGGUCGGCUUGGAGUUUUGGGCGCUCUACCAUGACCUUGACGUUCCAGAAGGAAGUUGCUGAAAGGAUUGUCGCUCCAGUGACUCAUGAACAGAGAUGCAGACUCUCUGUAAUGUGCCAGUUCUGGUGCGAUGUGGAACACAAAUUCACUAUUCCAGGGAGGGCUUUUGUCCCCAAACCGGAUGUUGAUGUCGGGGUUGUAACACUGGUUCCUAAGAAGCAUCCGUUGGUGAAGUUACCGUUUAAAACGGUUGAGAAAAUUCUCAGGACUGUCUUCAAUAUGCGGCAAAAGUGGUCCAUCAAGGGCGGGGGCAGGCUGUUCCCAGAGGAUAAGCGGGACGAACUAGCUGUUAAACUGUUUGCUCUGGCUGAUGUCGACUCACGAAUUCGCCCUUUCGAAAUAUCAAACGAAGAAUUCGCCCGCAUUUGCUACGCCUACAAAGUAAUCUGUGAGGAAGACCCCGAAAUUGAAAGCUACGACUUUAGAGCCCCUAAAAAGUUGAAUGUUGUUGCUGGGUAGUCUGGUUUGUUAGUCAUUUGUUUAGUGUUGAUUAAUAAAAAUUAAUUUCAA